UUUAAGAGUAUCAAUACUUACUAGGAAACGGAAUCAUUUACGUGGAUACAUUCUAGUUUUCUUACUGGUGUUUGAGCAGAAGAUUCAGUGAGACAAACUGUAUUCUGAUACAAGAAUAUUGAGGCAUAAUGGGUGUGACAGAAGAAAUUGGAAGGAUAAUGCGGAGUUUUUCCAAAAGUUUCAGUCGAAAGACAAAAAGCAAAGCGUGUGGAAGUACACAUGAGGUCGUGUCUGUAAAUACACAACCGGAUCUUGAAGAUAACAAUUUGACAGCAACUAUGACCGAGAAAUAUGCGGAAAUCGAAGGACUGAGGGCUGAGAUAGACAGUGAAGCAGGGGCACUGAAAACUCAGUUGGAGAUCCCAUCUCAAGACGAAUUGCAAACAUGGAAUGAGGAAGACAGUUCUCCUACUACAGUCUCCUUAUGUGAAAGUGAAGGUAAAUAUUAUGCCUAGAUAUUACUAUUCUUUUCUAUCAGUUCUAAUGGUAGGGCACUCAGUUCCAUUUUUUAAGUAAAGAAAUAAAUACAAAUACUUCCAGGAAGAAUAUGACCCAAAUUUUCUUUCAUUAUAUUUUGAUAAUUUUAUACUUCAAAAACAGUAUGGGACACCAUUUGAGAUGUGUUAUCCUUGUCGCUGCCCAGAAAGGGCGUUUAAUAUGGCUCCACUAUUCCUGUCCGUUAUGAAGGAAAUAUCCGAGGGAGCCAUGUUACUUCAGAAGUCUCGUUUGGUUUUACUCAUAUAAUAAAACUUGAUUAAUAAGGAUGAACGGGUGAAAUAGGUCACGUGUAAUAGGCUACCUUUUCUAAACAGUCAACAUCCUAUUUACCGCACCAAUCAGAACGGCCCAGUCGUCCGUCGAAAAUUCUAUUCCAUUGCAGUACUCAAAUUUGUUCAGUCUCCCGGGGUUUCGUUGGCUCUCGAGUACACACAUACACACAAACAUAAGUGAGUGCUAUUAUAGCAAGAUAAGAAUUUACCAAUUCAUGAAGAAGAUUUUCAUGUUGAUGUAGUAAUGCAAUUCUUUCCAGAAGGAAGGAAUAUUAUAGCAAAUAUGACAUACUGAAAGGCAAAUUAAAUUU